AUGACCCUAGCACGCCACGGCCUUUCAUCCAUCACCCGGAAGAGCGCCUCGGAUGUGGUGAUUGUCAGUGCGUUGAGGACGGCCAUCGGACGCGCCGGGAAAGGCGGGUUCAAAGACAGCUAUCCCGAGGAGCUCCUGGCCCACGUGCUCGCUGCCAGCCGACAGAGACUGAAAGCGAUGGGCGUCCACGCUGGCCAGGUCCAAGACAUCGCCGUCGGUACGGUCUUGAUGGAGCUCGGUGGGGCCAAGAGUGGCCGACUUGCCGCCCUCCAUGCUGGUUAUCCAUACCAGACCACCUUCCGGACCGUCAAUCGACAAUGUUCAUCGUCCCUUCAAGCCCUGACGGAUAUGGCCGCGACGAUCGAUUCGGGAGCGAUCGAUUGCGGGAUAGCAGCGGGGACGGAAUCGAUGACGCGCAACUACGGCAGUCGUGCGAUCCCCACCGAUCUUUCCCCCGCUCUCAGCUCGAGCCCGGUCCAAGAGGCACGCGACUGUCUCCUACCGAUGGGUCUGACAAGUGAGGCCGUCGCUGAGAAGUACGGGAUCGGCCGGGCGGCUCUCGACGAAUUCUCGCUCUCGAGCCAUCUCAAGGCUUCUGCGGCCAUGGAGGGCGGGCUCUUUGAGGAGGAGAUCGUGCCGAUCGAGGUCGACUACAUCACCCAGGAAGGCGCAAAGGUGAAGAAGACUGUCUCGAAAGAUGAGGGCGUCCGGCCCGGACUCACGCUCGAGAAACUCAACGCCCUCAAACCUGCUUUCAAACCAGACGGUCGCAGCACUGCUGGCAAUUCUUCUCAAAUCAGCGACGGAGCCUCGGCCAUCACGUUGAUGCGGCGAUCGUUGGCCGACCAGCUGGGCCUCAAACCGCUCGCCAAAUUCGUCGGCAGCAAUGUGGUCGGCGUGCCUCCACAUAUCAUGGGUGUCGGACCGGCUUUCUCGACCCCCGUCUUACUAAAGCGCUUCGGGCUUGAGGUUGGUGAUGUUGAUCUAUUUGAACUGAACGAAGCCUUUGCUUCUCAAGCGUUGAUGACCAUCGAACACCUCAACCUUGACAUGGCCAAAGUGAACCCUAAAGGUGGUGCGAUAGCCAUCGGCCAUCCUCUUGGCGCAACAGGUGGAAGACUGGUCAGCUCACUCAUCCAUGAGCUGCGUCGAACCGAGAAGAGGAUCGGCGUGGCCACUCUAUGCUGUGGCACUGGGUUCGGAAAGUCGUCCCUAUUUGUUGCCGAGUGA